UGGAAUCCACUUCCUGUUGGGUUUUUCUGUUAUGGUGCUGGUAUUAAAACAUUGAUUUCAGCAGUUUGUGAGCAUUGACCUAGACACUGACUAAACAUGGCAGCUUUAAGCCCAGAGGACCCCUGCUCCUUUUCAAGGCCAGAUGAGUGUAAAGUAACCAGCCUUGACCUUAUCUUAGAGGUGGAUUUUGAUUCCAGAAAAUUAUGUGGAUAUGUGGACUUGUCAGUGCAAAGAAUGAAGGAUGGAGUACAGAACCUGAUACUAGAUACCAGAGAUGUGUCUAUCCAAAAAAUCACUGAUGCUGACAACUGCCAGGAGCUGAAAUAUACCCUAGGAGAGAGCACAGGGAGCUUUGGAUCCAAGUUAGAGGUCCAGCUUCCUGUGUCUUCAUCUACAAGCAACAAAGUGCGAGUGUAUUAUGAGACCUCCCCACAAUGCACUGCUCUACAAUGGCUGAGACCAGAACAGACAGCAGGAAAACGGCAGCCAUAUUUGUUCAGUCAGUGCCAGGCAAUUCAUGCCAGAAGUAUGGUACCGUGUCAGGACACACCUGCCAUUAAAGUUCCAUAUACAGCUAAGGUUACAGCCCCAAGGGACAUAACCAUCCUGAUGAGUGCAGUAAGGUUAGACCCAGAGCCACACCCCUCAGACAGCAGUAAACUGGUUCACCAGUUUGAACAGAAAGUUCCCAUCCCUACUUAUCUCAUUGCUAUAGUAGGAGGAGAUCUUGAGUCAAGGCAAAUUGGACCAAGAUCCAAAGUAUGGACAGAGAAAGAGAUGGUAGAAGAUGCUGCCGAAGAGUUUUCAGAGACAGAGAAGAUGAUACAAACUGCUGAAGCAUUACUGGGGCCUUACAUCUGGGGACAGUAUGACCUUCUUGUACUGCCUCCAUCCUUUCCCUUUGGAGGAAUGGAGAAUCCAUGUUUGACCUUUGUGACCCCAACACUUCUGGCAGGAGAUAAAUCAUUGGCUGAUGUUGUGGCUCACGAAAUAUCUCAUAGCUGGACUGGGAAUCUCGUCACCAACAAAAACUGGGAACACUUCUGGCUGAAUGAAGGUCACACUGUGUUUGUGGAAAGAAAGAUCACGGGGAAAUUACACAACAGUGUGCCCCUAUCUGAGUUCAUGGCCAUUGGGAGAGCUAAAGAACUCAAAGAAACAAUUGAAGUUGUGUUGAAGAAUGGUCCCCACACACGACUGAUCCCAGAUCUUAAGGGUGUGGAUCCAGAUGAAGCCUUCUCCAUUGUUCCUUAUGAGAAAGGCUUUACUCUGCUGUUCCAUCUGGAGACACUGCUGGGAGGUCCAGCUGUGUUUGAAAAAUUUUUGAAAGCCUACAUAGAGAAGUUUAAACAGCAGUCUAUAGACUCGAACCAGUGGAAAGAUUUCCUAUACUCCUAUUUCACUGACAAGAGGGAAGUGUUGGACAGUGUGGAAUGGGAUAAAUGGUUCUAUGAUCAGGGAAUGCCACCCGUUAAACCAAAGUAUGAUGACAGUCUGGAGAUCCCCUGUAAACAGCUGUCUCAGAGAUGGUCGUCAGCCGGUGAGAAUGAAUUAGACCAAUUUAAACCCAAUGACCUAACUUCAUUGACCUCUGUACAGGUCAGGGAAUUCCUAGCUCUUCUGGUGGAGGAGCCACCACUAUCACUUUCCAAAGUGUUGAAGAUGGAGGAAUUGUAUAAAUUGAAUGCUGUCAGGAAUUCAGAAGUCAGAUUUCGCUGGCAGAGGUUGUGUAUCAAGGCCCAGUGGAAAGACGCUAUUCCAAGGGUGUUGGACUUUGUAAAUGAACAAGGAAGGAUGAAAUUUGUCAGGCCUCUGUAUAGGGACCUUUACGGCUGGGAAGAAGCUAGACCCAUAGCCAUACAGAACUUCCAGACACACAGAGGGGAGAUGCACAACACAACAGCCACCAUGCUGGCAAAGGAUCUCAAACUUACCUAGACUGUGCUGUGGACAUAUUUCUCAGCUGUUGUGUGCAUUUUGAUUGUUUGACUGGCAAUAUUGGUUUAUCCUACAUAUCAAAAAAUGCCUUAUUAUUAACCAGUGAACAAGAAUCUUCAUUUGAUUUGUGAUUUUACAGAAAGUACAAUAGAACUGAUCUGAAAUGUUUGUAAUUAAAAGUGUUUAACCAUAAAUGAAUUGGAAUGCAAUUGAGAUGGGGGGGGGGGGGGUCAAACACCUCUUUCUUUUGAUUCAGAUAAUGUCAGGCAGGAAGACAUCUUAUUUGUGAGGUUUUAUUUUAGUCAUAUUAUGAAUAAAAAUCAUAUAUAUACAAUAUUUGAUUUUUUACAUCUAUUUUAUUUAGAUUUGUCUAUGCAAUUUUCAUGUAUUUGAAAUGAGGAGCAAAAAUUAUAUUCACUGAGAGUAAAGUACAAUGAAACUUGUCUAAUCAGGAUGUAUUCCAGAAUCUUGCCUAAUAUGGUGUAAACUCUGAGUCCCCAGUUUUUUAUUUCAAAUGUUUAAAAUAUUGCCUAAUCCAGAUCCAAUCAAUUUCUUUGGAACCAGUGGUGUCCGUAUUAGACAAGUUUUACUGUAUUUGAAAAAAAAAAUUAUUGUUUCUAGACCCUUUUUGAUAAGAUUUUGUCAUUGUUUAUUUGGAUCUGAAACAUACAACUGGCCAUGAAAAAUAUUAGAGUAUAUACAUGCCCACAUCGUUACAAAAUGUUAUAACUAAGAAUGUAUGUAAAAUGCAGUGGUUGUUGUAGAUUUGAUUUACAUGUUUAUGCAAAUGCUAGGUAUAUAAUUGCAGUAUUACAUCGAUGCUACAUGUAUUUGAUUUGAUUCAGAUGUUUUGCUUUGUGAUACACUGUAAUGCCAUGUUUGAUUACCAGAAAACUGGAUCCAGAUUAAAAAUCCAGAUUUGCCUAUCAGUACUGAAAAAAUCAAAUGUGAAAAUACACCUGGAUUUUAAUUACUGUUAUGUAUGUAUAUGUCCAUGUACAAGUAUUUAUGUUACUUUCAUUUAGAUGAUUGGCUAUCUUGGUUAAGGGAGAGGGGAGAAUCUUUUUACUUUUUAAAUGAACAUACAGAAAAUCCUCCUUUCAAGAUAUGUGGUCACAAAAUCAACAUCAUCACCUGUCUUUAAUGAAACCUCAGGAGGUGGAAUCACAAUUUCAAUAAUCGCGAUUCAGUUUUGAAAAUCAAAGUGAAAUCAAUCAGUGCCAAUUCAGAGUCCAGAUUCAGUUUCUUAGUAAUUAAACAUGGCAUUACAGUAGAAUUGAUCUCUUGUACCGGUAAUUUGAGUUUUGUCAUUCUUAUAUAUUCCAGGUGACAUCGUACUGCAGCUUUCCUAGUCACUUGCCAAUAGUUGUAUUAAAGUACAAACCAAAACAGUC